CCAUAAAUUUCCACGUAGGAAGACAGAGGAAAAAGAUUAUACUAUAUAGCACCAGCUUCCCCUUGCAUAACGCGGGCCUAUAGCUGACCAGCGACGGGCUCUUCCUUCGCGGCCGUCAGGAGCCAUGUUGCCUCCUAAUGUCAAGGGGAUCAUGGCCUCCCCGUCGUCCCUCUUCUCCAUUUAUGCCUCCUACACCGCCUCCAUGAUGCUCGCCCGCACUGUGGUCAAUGAUAUCGUCCCUCGUCCGGUCCAGUCCUACCUCUGGCGGGCCACCUGCCAACUCUUCAAGGCCAAGCUCCCUGUCCAACAGCACCUGACACUCGUCGUGGAGGAGCAUGCUGGGGACCUGGGCCGGAAUCAGAUAUUCGAUGCCGCCGAGCUCUAUCUCAGCACCAAGAUCGGGACCGACACAGAUCGCCUCAAGAUCUCUAAGAACCCCACCAAGAACCAUGUAAUGGUCCGCCUCGCGAGGGACGAGACCAUACAUGACACCUUCGAAGGGAUCGAGCUCAAGUGGAAGUUUGUCACUAUCACUACCCGUCAGGCCGGUGGCUCCUCCAAUGGCCCGGGGCAGGGCUCUCAAGAGAUGAAGCGGUGCUUUGAGCUGAGCUUCGACAAGAAGCACAAGGACAAGAUUAUCGGAAAUGGAAGAAAAAUAAUUAAACAAUGCCACAUCAGCUGUUGA